UGUGUUCUGCAUGUGCGUGCAUAUAGUAUGUCAACAUUCGGCUGUCAAAGUCAAACACAGUGUAUUGAUUUAUGAAUGAAAGAAGCCUGAACUAAUUAAAUUAAUCGCAGAUAUGAGGACUUACCAUCUCAUUGUGAUACUUCUUGCCAUUCCUUACAUCUGUCUUGCUGGUAAAGAGGAGGAUGAGGGUGUCAAAUUUGCAAACAAGUGCGAAGUGUGUAAAAUACUAGCUAUUGAAUUAGAAAAUAGACUUGAAGAGACUGGGAAGUCUAAAGAUGUAAUUGAAAUAGGAUAUUCUUUGGAUGACGCUGGGUCAAAGAAGAAGAAAACUAAGUACAAGAAGUCUGAAUUGCGUCUUGUGGAGUCUUUAGAGGGUAUUUGUGAACGUGUUUUAGAGUACAACAUUCACAAAGAAAGAACUGACAGCACCCGCUUUGCAAAAGGAAUGAGCCAAACGUUCAGAACUCUCCAUGGUUUAGUAAAUAAAGGUGUGAAGGUAGAACUUGGUAUUCCCCAAGAACUAUGGGACAAACCAUCUGUUGAAAUUACCAACAUGAAAACGCAGUGUGAGAUGCUUUUGGAGGAACACGAAUCAGACAUCGAAGAAUGGUACUUCAAAUCUGAAGGAAAUGUUCCCUUGAAAUCCUAUCUUUGUUCCCAACUUGUCUUACAAAAUGGUGACGAUUCUUGCUUGCUGGAAUCGGAUAAUGAUGGACUUGCCAACUCAAAAACUAAGUCUGAAAGUCAAGAGUCACAAAACAAUGUAAAAGAUAAGGAGGAACUGUGAAAUUUUAAAUGAAUGCAAGAAUAAAUGAAAGCAAGUCACUUUUAAAUGAA